AUGGGCGACGGUACCAUCAGAAUCGAGGACUACAUUUCGCUCAACGAGUUCAGGGCGGAAAUCGAUGUGGAAAGUAAAGAGAAAGGCGAAGCAGAAAGGAACUUUUCUCUAUGUUUUUGGCUGUAUAUCGUGAAGAACUCAAUCCCGACUGGUUCAUCUCCGGCUCCGAUAAUCUACCAGGUUGGUUCACAUGAUGGGAGUGUGGCCCCUUUUCUUAUCCUGAACGAAAGGAAGAUAAUGAUGUUACUACCACUGAGUCUUUUACCAACGAAAAACUGUCCUUCCGGUUCUGAUUCUGUUUCAUCGCUUGAGACGCCUCAUGCACCAAUGGUAGAUGACUUUCCAUUAGAGAAGUGGAUUCAUGUUGGAUGUGAGGUUACUGCUAAUGCUAUGCGUCUUCAUAUAAAUGGGGAAGUUCUCGUGGAGCUCCCUUUGCCAUUGCCAUCCAAGGAACAAUGUGCUUCUGAGGGUAUGAAGAAGAUAAUGUUGGCUGGUCCUAAUGGAGAUGGUGGUUUGCAAGGUUAUGUGUACAAUGUGCAUGUCUCGAACUUGAGUUCAUCCAUUAGGGACUGCUAUUUUAAGGAUCCACCUCUUCAAUUAUCUAUUGAUAACUCAUCUACCAUUGAGAUUGAAGAAGAUAAUGAUGGUGUCUGGAGUAUUGUCAGUGGGAAGGCUUCUUGUCGCAGGAUCUUUUGUUUGGAUGUUGUUCUGUUAAAUGCAAUUAACCAGUCAAUUAACAAGGAAACAGAGGUUACUGCUUCACUAUUAUAUGCUGAUAAUGGGCGACCUGUGGAGAAGACAUCCGAUGAUGAACCUCCUCUUUUGGCAAGUUAUGAGGGCUUCGAAUUUCCUUCUUGUGAUAGACCAAGUAAACUAAUGAAUGGUCGAACCUCAUUCAAGCUCAAAAUUUCUCAGCUCUCGUCCAAGUGUGAAAAUAGGCUGUUUCUCAUCAAGUUUGAGCUAUCAAAUUACAAGGGGUAUCAUUUUCUCGAGGCAUUUUCUCAUCCUAUUCGUUGCAUAUCGCGUGGCCGGAAUCCUCGUACAUCAUCUGUCAUAUUGAAAAGACCGACUUCUGUUCAAUAUUCCUUGAGUGGGUGCCAAUCAUUUGCAUCAGACAGUGGAUCUCCUGAAUUGCAGCACAGCUCUCUUCAGGUUACCCCGUCUUCAAAGCGAUUUAAAUUGGUUCAGGGGCAGGCAUCUCCAGCGGGGCAAUUGGAAGAUGAAUGUCAUUCUCAAGCUUUGGUUAGUAACCAGGCUGAGAAUAUUGGGGCAAGCAUGGAGAAGAGACUGGAGGAACUUGAGGAAGCAGGGAACUCAUCAUCUUCUUCAGAGAGCACAGAAGAAAAAAUGUCGAGUUUCAAUACUGUGUCAAGGAAUCGAUAUUCCAUCCCAGAUUCUAUGAUUUUCAGGUACUGCAUUGGAAGCUUAACUGAUUGUGCCCUACUGCUGAAGGAGGUCUCAACCACAGCCUCUGAUGAAGAGCUUUCGAGAUUUGCAGAUGAGGUCUGUCUUUACUCAGGAUGUGCCCAUCACAGGAAUCAAAUAAUUAUGGGCAGGAUGUUAAUAGAGGAAGGGACAAGAGUAUGGAACUCAAUCACUCAACACAGCCAUCUUGCCCAGUGGGAGAAUAUCACUUUUGAUAUUGAAGAGCGAUUCAUGAAGAUUGCAUCGUGCAGUACUAGAUCUCUCACUGAAAAGGACUACGAUAUACUCCGGAAAAUCUCCGGAUGCCAAGAGCACUUUGCUCAAGAAAACUUUGAGAAGAUGUGGUGCUGGCUAUUCCCUAUUGCUUGUACACUAUCCAGAAGCUGGGUGAACUCAUUGUGGAAGUCCACAUCGCCCAAGUGGAUCGAAGGAUUUAUCACCAAGGAAGAAGUGGAAUUUUCACUUCGAGGUGCUGAGCCUGGCACGUUUCUACUACGGUUUCCUACUUCAAGGAGCUGGCCUCAUCCUGAUGCUGGUAGCUUGGUGGUGUCAUAUGUUGGAAGUGAUUACUUGAUUCAUCACCGGCAGCUUUCAUCUGAGUACAUCAACAGCUUUGGGGAAGGGCAAGUAGACGUAAAGCAAGUGCAGGAGAUGCUAUUCGCAGAGCCAGAACUGCGUCGAUUGGGAAGGCAGGAUCGUACGAAGUUAGAAGAAAAUGCUGGUCUUUCGUCGGCCCUUUUAGUUCUCUUGUAG